UUAAUCCUCUCUUUCUCCCUCUCUCUUCUGGUUUUUUCUUUUUCCUUUCUCGAGCUCUGCAUAAGCAGAAGCGAAAUACAAAUAAUGUUAGCGUGUUUCGCGGACCACCUUGGCUUAUGCAGAGCCACUGCAAUUGGGUACUUGUUUCUGUUACUCUUCUCUUUCUUCAUCAGCAUUUCCACUUCUUGUUCCAAUGGAAACUGCCAGGUUUUGGAUUCAUGUUCACAGGCUACAGAUUGUGGUCCAGGCCUUUAUUGUGGAAACUGCCCUGCUUUGGGCAAGACUCAACCUUUUUGUACCAGAGGCCAAGCUACCAUACCCACUUCUGUUAUUGGUGGAUUGCCUUUCAACAAGUAUUCAUGGUUGGUGACUCACAAUUCCUUCAGCAUAGUGGAUGCACCAUCUUUGCCAGGUGUUCAAAGACUGACAUUUUACAAUCAAGAAGACACUGUUACUAAUCAGUUGAUGAAUGGAGUGAGGGGGCUGAUGUUGGACAUGUACGAUUUUGAUGGAGAUAUUUGGCUCUGCCAUUCAUUCCGGGGGCAAUGUUUCAACUUCACUGCCUUUCAACCUGCAAUUAACACCUUGAGGGAAGUAGAAGCAUUCUUGACUCAAAAUCCUACAGAGAUUGUGACCAUUAUAAUUGAGGACUAUGUGCAUACACCAAAAGGACUGACUACGCUUUUCACAAAUGCUGGUUUGGACAAAUAUUGGUUUCCUGUGGCCAAGAUGCCGAAAAAGGGUGAAGAUUGGCCUACUGUGAAUGAAAUGGUGCAAGCAAAUCAUCGCCUUUUGGUUUUCACUUCAGUUGCUUCGAAGGAAGCAGAGGAAGGAAUUGCAUAUCAGUGGAAGUACAUAUUGGAAAAUGAAGCUGGAGAUCCAGGGGUAAAGCCAGGCUCAUGCCCAAACAGAAAAGAAUCACGGCCACUUAAUUCAAAAAGUGCCUCUCUUUUCCUAAUGAACUACUUUCCAACUUUCCCGGUUGAAGAUGAAGCUUGCAAAGAACAUUCAGCACUACUUGCUGACAUGAUUGGCACCUGCUAUAAAGCAGCAGGGAUUAUGAUGCCAAAUUUUUUGGCAGUCAACUUUUACAUGAGGAGUGAUGGAGGUGGUGUUUUCUAUGAUUUGGAUAGCAUGAAUGGCCAGAGAUUAUGUGGAUGUAGUACUAUUGCAGCCUGCCAGGCUGGAGCACCCUUUGGAUCUUGCAAGAACAUUUCUAUACCUACUACAAGUCCAAUUACCAAUACUGCAGGAAGCUUUUCUGGAUCUGUUCAGUUCUCAAAAUCUGCUUCAACAGUCUAUUUUCCUAACCGCCUGGUUGUUGGCUUGUUUUCUUUUCCAUGGAUAAUGUUGUUAUUGUGACUAGAAUAGAUAUUUUUCAGGAUAGCAUCUACACUUUUAGGAGAGCUUAUGAUAUGUCAGUAUGUAAAUUUUGGAGUCGAGGCUUAGUAUACUACAUCUCUGCCUUAUUGGGUGGAAGGUCAAGGAAUGCUUGUUAGAGUCAUAGAAUUUGAUUACAAUCAGAGAUCUCUUGAGAUUCUUCUGUUGACGGAAAAUCAAAUUGGCUGUACGGAAUCCGAGUUAGAUAGUGGCCAAGAGAGGCCUGGAAUGUCCCAAGUAGUAGUUCAGGUAUGCAAUUUGCUUCACUAUAUGAAAUUGUCUUCUUAGGUGCAGAAUUAAGUUGCACUAUAUUAUUUGUCUGAUAAUUGCGAUCUGCUAGAUGUGAACAUUAUUGUACUGACAAAGUUUGCUUUACCAAUAACACUACUGCUUGAUUUAGAGAUC